UAGUCUUCGUAGUGGUCCCCCGGUGCCCGCUGUAGGAAGUCGCUCGCUCUCUCGCGACCUCCUUGAGACAUAGUCACUCGCUGGGAAUUGUGGAUUUCGUCCAGCGUGGAGUCAAUAUAUAUAUAUAGGCCUAUAGCGUGUCGGAAGUGGAUUUAAAAAAAAAAAUCUUGUCGAGAUUUUGGAUUUUAAUUAAUAUUGUGUUGCUUGAUUGAUGAAUUACGCUGGAGUGGAGAGAUGCGAGUGGUGUCGUUGCUCGUGACAGCCUUCUAUCGGAUAUUUCCUGUUCAGUUCUGUUGUGACUGAGACUUGGAUGGAGUUCAGUGCCUAAGUUAUAAGUGCUAGUUAAGCGAGAAGGUUUUUUUGUGUCCUCUGCGUGUGAUCCGAACUUAUGUGAUACCGGAGUUGUUUAAGAACUUGAGCGAUGAGUGUGGAGUAUAACUAGUCAUCGGGUUGAGAAGAAAGGUGGUGCAGCUGUGUGGUGUGGGUUGUGUGUAGUGUGAGCUGGUAAUUAGAAGAGACGAUGGCGUGCGCUGCGGCUCCUCCUGCAGCAGAGAAGGGCCAAGACCUGCUGACGCCGUUGCUUGAGGCCUUGACACUCGAGCCUAAGUACCAGCCCGCCUUGGCACUCCCGCACACUGCUAAGCAGGAUGGUGGGGAGAUCAGCAUGAGGAUGCGCAAUGGGUCGGCCCAUGUGCUGCGUUGCUUGAAGGUGUGGUAUGACCUUCCACCCGAUACCUUUUUCAACGCAGUCAACAUCAUGGAUCGUUUCCUCACACGCAUGAAGGCUCAGCCAAAGCAUUUGUCUUGCAUUGCUGUGAGUGCAUUCCAUCUUUCAUGCCAGUUCACCCCUGGUUACAGCCAUCUGAGGGACGUGCCCCAGGUGGUACCGGACACCAGAGACCUCACCACCAUCUCCCAGUGCAAAUGCUCGUCAGGUGAUGUGACCCGCAUGGAGCGCAUCAUCAUGGACAAGCUGGCCACAGACCUGCGCUGCCAGCCACCUGUUACGCCCCUUACGCUGCUCCGUCUCCUGCAUGCUGCUCAUUCCCAUCUGGCUGCCCCACACCUUGCCCAGCCCUCACAUCCCACAUCCCUCACCACCCUUGUGCACAAGCUGGAGAUCGUGGAGUGCGACGCAGCAGCUGCCACAUUCAGACCGUCAGAGCUGGCCCUGGCUCUUCUGGCACUGGAACUGAGGCACGAUGCAGCCAACGAGCAACUUCACAAUGCUUGUAUAGAUCAUCUGCAAAACAUAUGCAAGGUGGCUGACGACAGCUUCAGUAAGUGCCAGAAGGUAGUAGCUGAACUGAUGGAUCAGUAUGAAAACCAGAGACACUCCCCCCACCGACAGCGUCUCGUAUGGAAGCUCUCCAACAGAACUCUUCGACAGCUGAGACCCACCGACAAGUUCACCACUCGGCUGCCCACCAUUGUUGAAAUGCAGGGUCCCUCACAUCCUCCUAUCAUAAGGCCGAGAACGGAUAGCGAGAGCUCGGAGAUGUACAUGUCAUCUUCCGAGGAGGAAAUGGAUUACGAUUACGAUGAAGAGUUCCCCCCACUCCCCACUCCAGCAACCUCAAUGAAAUCUCCUCGGAAAUUGCCCAGCCAGUCGCCCCAUAAGAAGGUCCCCCCUUUUCUUCCUUAUCCUCAAGUUAACCGAAAACAUAACCGCCUUGCAUAAUUGUGUUUUUGCUGUGCAGCGCACCUAGGGCAAGCAAGAAACUACAACCUUUGCCACAUUUAAAAAAAAAAUAAGUAUCGAUGUUUACUACGGAUUUUAUAUAUUAUUUUAAGUUCCUAAGUGUGCAGUUUUGGAUGUUAGUUACAGCAUUUACUAUGUGAAUCUUGGCAUUCUGUUGCAGCAUAGGUCUAUAUCAGUUUUUGGCCGUGUUAGCUGUUCAGAAGACCCCAGCAUCUUUCAGUCUGGUCGUCUUGCUCUGUGUUCUGACUUCCCAAGUUGAAACUGCACAAAGCUUUCUUUUAAGCACCAUGCAACAUUUUUAACUCCAUGAACACUUAACAGUGUUCCUUGCUUUAUAUAUUUUUUUCUUUUGACAAAAAGUUCUUGUUUUCCUCAACUGUGUACUAUUGCUUCUUAGCAUGAUUUUCUUAAACGUAAAUCUUACAUUUUAAGCAAAAAAAAAAUAUAUAUGAAUAAAAACUGGUUACAACUGACCACCGAAAAGUGAUACUUUCAAGGAGUAGCAGUAGCCGAGAAGGUCUUUUAGUUUGUUUCCCUUUUUCCUGGGUGUUUCCUUCCUGUCCAAGGAAGGAUGCACGGAGGAGAAAGCGACUAGCAGGUCGUCUUGCUGUCCUUAUUCAGACAGGCCCGGUAGGGCUCACUUAUUUUUGUCUGUCAUUUAGCUUCAUCUUUGCCAUAGGAAAUUUGUCUUGGUCUUUACAUGAUCUUUAGUGGAAAACUCAUCAUGGAUUACUUAAAAAACAAAAAAAACAUAAAACCUACAAAAACAUUACUUUAUUGGAUGUAUGUAAUAGUGUAUUGUAGCUUUAUUCAGCAUCUUCAAGAAAAAGUACAAAAAAAAUCAUAAAAUUCACAAAACAUACUAACAAGUAGGGUUAUAUUGUAAUAACCUUUCUUUCCAUUUAUUCACACUAAUAAUCUCUUUGGGUAUUGCCUGGUCAUAAAGCAAAAUUAGGGUGGUGAUUCUUUCCUGGCUGAUUCACACAUGGGACAGGUUUAUCAUUCGUGCACAGAAGGAAGCUACACUAGUCCCUAGUCAGUAUUGUUCUGUGCCAUGAACAGAGCUCCCAUGCAGUGUUGCCUUCCCUGCAAUAGCUCCAGCCGAAGCAGCGGUUCCCCACGCCAGUGCGGAAGGGGUUGUGGAGGCCGAGGCUGAGCAACACUAGACGUGUUCUGUUUGGACACAAGGCUGUGAUAACCCCAGACACAGUGUCUGUUUUUAUACGAUGCUAGGGGUGACGAGCGCCUCUCUUGUGUGACCCAAAUGCAGAGCAGCGCUUUUGCGUUGCCUCAGGGAGUGCCUCCAGGUUUUGUUGCCAUGGUCGGAUACUAGAAGGCCAGCGUCUGCAGACACUCGACGCCUGUCGAGGCAGAGUAAGGCUGACCAUUUGUAGAGUACUUAAAGGCAAUAACCAGGCUGGUACUGCAAGUGAAGGUGGUUGUUGCCCUGUUCGGGAGCCUGAUUCAGGUAGUGCGGCACAUAAAAGAUACCAGGGUGGUGCCUGACAGGCUGCCUCCGAGCGAUGGACACCCGCCAGGGCGACGAGUCGCGGAGGCGGCCCGUCCCCACCCAACCACACCAGCAUCAGCGCUGUUGAUAUAUUAAAAAAAAAAAAAAUAUUUUGAAUUUAAUUGCUUAUAAUUUUGGUUCAAAGUUGUAUGUAAUCGAUGCGACAGAACCUCGUUUUAUUAAAUAUUGUACCUGCCAGUAAAGAUAGAUUGUCAGAAAUAUAUUGGUGCUGGGCCUCAGGCGUUGAGUCAGGCCUAAGUGCAUAUGUUCUUGUAAUUUUGUGCAUCGUAUUUAUUUAGUGAUGUAAAUGAUUUGUACAUUGAAUGUGAAUUGUAUUUUUAGUUUAUAUGGAAGUAUAUAUUGUGUUUAUUGGUUCAAGUCAUCUUGAAAAAAGUGCUAUCAAUAUUUUAUUAUGUUUUAAUACGGAAAGCUUUUAAAGCCAGCGACAGCAAAGGAACCCAAGGAGUCUUGUAAGCCACCCAAGGAGUAACAGGUUAUGAUUGUCUUAAUAGGACAGUGCAAGUUUUAGUUUUAUUUCUUUUUUUUUAUUUCUUUUUAUUUACAUUUUUGUUGGAUCACAAUGACCUGCCCGUGAAGCCAUGGGACGUAGAGCCUCAGCCCCAUGUAGUCCAACCCCCCAUCUAUAAAUGCAAUGUAUCCUGUCAUAUAGCUAAAGCUGCGUGAGGCGAUUCUCCCUUCACUCCAUCGCGAUCGUAUACUUCUAUUAUAAACAGUAACCUGCUUACGACUUUGGUAUAUAUGAUGUGCGGGUUGGUCUCCAGGGGGGGAGGGGCAGUAGUACCCCUCGCCCCGGACAACCCUCCAGCAGAUAUGUUGGUACAAAGCUUCAGUCAAUGUGAUGGUGUAAGUCUGGAAAACUAUGUUGAUGUCCAACGGGCACCUAUAUUGGGGCUGAGGCAUAAAUAGGACUGAAUGUUACAUGGUUAUGGCCCGAAUACGAUUUUAAUUUUACUUUAUUAAUGUGUACAUAAAGUGUAUGAUGUACAGGUGUAAGUUAUUUUGAAGGAUCUAUCAAAGUCUCGGGCAUUUGACAACAACCCAAAGAGCCAAAAAACAUUAAAAAAUGUGUAGUUGAUUCUUGUGUCAUACACAGUUGUCUAGCCUCUCCACAACAAAAAGGAAAAUAAAGAUUAAAUAUUUUUCUAAA